UUCUUCAGAUAUCAUAAACUCGCGUUGUCACACAAAAAAGCUUUACCGAAAACCGAACGAGUCACUGUCCAUCUUUUGAAGAUCCAGCAGCUGGUUUAGUUUAUGGCCUUCAGUCAGGAGCUCUUGUGACACUAUUUAAGAGGAAUUCACAACCGGCGUCUAGUGAGAUACGAGAACACUGUUAGAACAGUGUCGAGCAAGUCGAACGGAGCAACUAGGAGAGAGAAGCUUUGUUAAAUAAAUCAAAAGGCAGGUGGGUACGAUCCGGGCAGAAUGGGUUUGAAAGGUUCUAAAUCAUCAGCAGAAGCUCGCGCCUUUCUGAUGGGCCUUGACUCAGCAGGUAAAUCCAAUCUGUUCUGUAAACUGAGAGAGUCUCUGUUUACCGUCCGGGCGGUUGAGUAUGUGGAGAUGGCGGACACGGGGCACACCGCGAGAAGGAAGAAGCAGAGGCGGUCCCACUGGACGCACUACGGACAGGGCGCACCAGGACUCGUGUACGUGGUGGACGACCCAACGGGAGGCGUGUGGAUGAAGCCGAAAGAGAGCUCGGACAUAUCUCGCAAAAAGAACGCUUAAAGGAUUGACUUUGGCCGGAAUAUGGAAACACCUCGUUUUAAACUGUGACCCACCAGCUCGGCCCAUGGGGAAGCAGUGGCGCCCACAAGAAGCGGAAUUUCCAACUGAUGGACGAUUUGUGCACCCGCACAUGAUCUCAAGAUAGAAUGGGGCUGGAAUAAGGAUAAAGGGUCUCCACGCUGACAUUGCCAAAGGCACUGUGAAUCGUAAUAUUUGCGAAACUAAGCAGAGGAUUUGUAAUUGAUGGUUGUUGGUCCGAAACUGUGUAAGUAGCCUAACUAGACUGCACAUGGUUGGUCCACCUCGUCCUCACCUUCAUGAGACGAGGUGAUGAAUUUAUAAAUGGA